AUGUCUUUUAUCUUACCUGUAAAACAUCUUCAACAAAAUUCCAAUUGGGAUUGUGGUAUAACAUGUUUACAAAUGAUAAUUGAUUAUUAUCAUCUUGAUUUAUCAACAUUCAAUCAUUUAUUACGUACUUAUGAAUGUAAUAAAAGUACAUGGACUAUAGAUUUAUUACAUCUACUUCAUCAAUCAAGUAUAAAAGCUAUUUUACAUACAAUAACAAUAGGCUGUUCAUCAACAUAUGAUAAUGUACCUUAUUAUGAAAAUUUAAUUGAUAAAGAUCGUGAACGAGUUAAUAAAUUAUUUGCAAAUGAAGCAUCAAAUGUUAAACUUGGUUCAGUUGAAUGGUUGGAAAUAAAAAGACAUUUAAUUGAAUAUCGAACACCUUGUUUAGUUUUAGUUGAUGCUAAUAAAACUGAAUGUUGUGCAUGUAAAAAAACAACUUUUGAUCGAAUACUUGAUGCAUUAGUUCCAACAAUAUCUUCAUCAUAUCAAGGUCAUUAUGUUCUUGUUAUUGGUUAUAUAGAAAAUGAAACGAAUGAAUUUAUUCGUUAUGUUGAUCCAGCUAAAAAAGAUGGAUUUUGUACAGCAACGAAAGAAAAUUUUGAUUUAGCACGAAAAGCAUUUGGAACAGAUGAAGAUGUUAUUUUUUGUUAUGAAAAAGAUGAAUAA